AUGACCAAUGAGUACCAGGGACCAAUGGUCUCUUUUACCGAGGUAGACCUGGAUAUGGUGCAGCAUCUACAUAAUGAUGCUUUGGUGAUAACGCUGAAGAUUGGGGACUACCAGAUAAGGCGCAUACUGGUUGACCAAGGCAGUUCUUGUGACAUCAUGUAUGUUAGAUGCUACAAAAAGCUUGGCCUUCAUCUAGAUGAUAUGGAACAAUCUAACAGCCCGAUGGUUGGAUUCAACGGAACGCCGACGUGGCCUCUAGGAGCCAUGAAUUUGGAAGUGCAGGCAUGUACGAAGAAGGUAAGCACAGAGUUUACAGUAAUUGACACCCUCUCCCCUUACAAUGUUAUCUUGGGAAAACCAUGGUUGUACGCAAUGAAGGUUGUUCCCUUAACGUUACACCAGCUGUUGUGGUUCCCAACGGAGCAUGGAAUUGAGGAAGUCAGAGGGGACCAGAUGCAGAAAAAAAAUUACUCCAUGACAGCAAUGAAAUCCAUCUGCAACGUGCGAGAGGGAGAAACAGAAGAAAUUGAAGACAAGGACAUAGAGGUCCUAGAUAAUGUCGGCAAAGAACCAGCCGACAAGAGGAAGAAGUGGACAAGCUAUUGGAAGCCAAGGCCAUUCGGGAGGUGA